CACUUGGUUAUCUUUUCGUCUCAUCUUCAUCUUCGUUUUCAUGGAAGACCGCAAAGAAAGGAAUGGAGGAUGGAUGUCGGUGCCGGCGUUUGGGGAUUGGGAUAUGAAGCAAGGGGUGCCGGAUUACUCCAUGGAUUUCUCGAAGAUCAGAGAAGCGAGGAAGAUUAACAAGUCCGAUUUCUCCAGAGCCAGUUUGGGGAACGAGGAUGAGCUCAUCUCCAUCCAACGCGACGCCGCCUCCGCCGCCGAUGAUCACCGUGUCCCUCCUCACCAUCACCAAGAGCCCCACCAAUCCCCCACGACAAAGAGGACGAUUAUGAGCUACUUUAACUGUUGCAUAAGAGCAUGAUGAUUUAUUGGGUGGGUCUCAUCUAUCAAUCUCUGAUUCACAGUUUAUGUUAUCUAUUUGUUGAAGGUCUUUUUCUCUGUAACAUAUACCUCAUCAUUGUUCUUAAGUGAAAUAUGUUUUGUUUUAUUUCU